CAAAAUAAAUUUCGACUGAAACCAGCCAAACGCAUUUUGUUGCACGUGUGUUUGGAAGCAGAACAAAUUUGUUCCAAAAAGUUUGUGUUUUCAAGAUUUUUGUCCUAAAAUCAGAUACUAUCGUUACUAUCAAGUUGAAAACAAAAGUUCAAAAUAUGGGUAAGAAAUCAAAGUCGAAAAAUAAAGGAAACUUUGCGGUAUCUCAAAAUGGCCAAAAUGGAAAAGCAUCUGUCGAGGAUCUGGAAGAUAAUUUCGAACUAGAAACGGAACCAUCAAAAGCGGACAAAAAGAAAAACAAGCGGAAAACUAAGGAGCCUGCUGCUGGUACAUUUGUUAAAAGGCCAAAAUACAGUGACGAUGAAGAUGCCGAGGAAGACAAUAACUUAGAUACAAAUGCGUCAGGUGAAACAGAAACACCGGCUGUGGGUGGCGGGAGUGCGUAUGAAAUUCUUCUGGGUAAUCAGGAAUUCGAAACACUCCGCAAUAAAGUGUCAGAUAAUACGCUGAAGGCCAUAACCGAAAUGGGUUUCACCAAGAUGACAGAAAUCCAGGCCAAGGCUAUUCCUCCGUUGCUGGAAGGCCGCGAUUUGAUUGGCUCAGCCAAGACGGGUAGUGGAAAAACACUAGCAUUUUUGAUUCCGGUAGUGGAAUUAAUCUUCAAGCUGCAAUUCAAACCACGGAACGGGACCGGGGUGAUCAUUAUUUCGCCUACUCGGGAACUCGCGAUGCAGAUUUUUGGUGUGUUGAAGGAAUUGAUGGCACAUCACCAUCACACGUACGGGCUGCUCAUGGGAGGCGCCAGUCGGCAUACGGAGAACGAAAAACUGGGAAAGGGAUUGAACAUUGUGGUGGCAACUCCAGGUCGAUUGCUGGAUCACUUGAAGGGGACGCCUAACUUCCUCUUCAAAAACUUACAGUGCUUGGUCAUAGACGAGUGCGAUCGAAUUCUGGAGAUUGGAUUCGAAGAAGACAUGAAACAAAUCAUUGGUAUCCUUCCUAAAAAGCGCCAGACAAUGCUGUUCUCGGCAACGCAGACUUCACGAACGGAGGAAUUGGGAAAGCUCGCGUUGAAAUCGGAACCUAUCUACGUCGGUGUGGAUGAUCACAAAACGGAAGCGACAGUAACGGGAUUAGAACAGGGUUACAUUGUGUGUCCCUCUGAGAAACGUUUGCUGGUGUUGUUCACGUUUCUCAAGAAAAAUCGCAAGAAGAAGGUGAUGGUGUUCUUCUCGUCCUGCUUGUCGGUCAAAUAUCACCACGAACUGUUCAACUACAUCGACCUUCCGGUGAAUUCUAUUCAUGGCAAACAAAAACAAGCAAAACGAACGUCGGUGUUCUUCCAGUUUUGCAAUGCAGAAUCCGGUAUCCUACUGUGCACAGAUGUUGCUGCACGAGGUUUGGAUAUUCCUGCCGUGGAUUGGAUCGUGCAGUAUGACCCUCCGAAUGAUACCAAGGAGUACAUUCAUCGCGUUGGACGUACCGCCCGAGGUGAGAACAUUUGUGGCCAUGCACUGCUUCUUCUCCGCCCAGAAGAGGUGGAAUUCCUCAAGUACCUAAAACAAGCCAAGGUACCCUUGAAUGAGUUCGAAUUCUCCUGGAGCAAAAUUGCCGACAUUCAGCUUCAGCUGGAAAAUCUCCUAUCGAAAAAUUACUUCCUGAAUCAGUCCGGUAAGUUGGCGUUUAAAUCGUACGUUCGAGCGUACGAAGGGCACCAUAUGAAGGACGUUUUCAACGUCGGUAAUUUGGAUCUGGUAAAGGUCGCGAAAAAUUUCGGUUUCACGCAGCCACCUUACGUGGACUUUGGUAAGAGCUUCAAGAUUCAGAACUCGGAUCGACGAGCGGGUAAUCGCGGGCUGGGUCAUUUCAAAACGUUGAACAAGGAUAAGAAAGGUGAGAUGAAGUUCAAGCACAUUAAAAAUCGUAAGCAAUUGAAGAAGAUUGAUUACGAGUAGAAGAAGAGAUGUGAGAGUCGGAACAUUUCGAUAAAUAUAACUUUGUUUAGUA